AUGAUUUUGUGGCCAACAUUUCAUAGAAGAAUCACUCAUUUGCACAUUCACAAAGCAAUGCUAGGUCAACUCUUUAUGAUCUCAUCGAUUAUGAUUGUUUUGAUAAUCUAUUGGAGUCAAGUGAACGAUGUGGAAACUUCAAUUCUUUGUUCAAGUGGUGCUUAUCCGUCAUUGAUCAAUCGAGUCGAGGGUACGAUGAAUAUCACGAUUUCCUCGUUUGCAAUGCUUUUCUACAUACCUGUGCUUUUUCAAAUUAAGAAACUUGAUAUCUAUCGUGGUUACGAGUUUUGCUUUUAUCUUUUAAUCUCGGCGAAGCCUUUAUUCAAUACAUUCGUGAUCGGGAUGGGAAAUCGAGAUGUGCAGCUAAAUAUUCGGCGAUUUUUCUGCAAAACUCGAAUGAGACAAAAGUCGAUUGCUUGGGAAAUCGGGAAA